AUGGACUCGCCAUCCAUCCAAAGAAACCUCCUGGACUCGCCCAGUGUUCACGCACAGCAGCUGCGGGACAGAAUCUCCUCAGAGUUCAGGCUUCCCUCUCCUCCACCAGCAGAACCCCAGCCUCGGACCAGUAACGAGCACAGAGACUUGUCAGCCUCGGCUUUCAUCCCCCUGGCACAGCGGAAACGACGACUCGAGGAGAAUUCCUCCACAGUUCGUCCUGAGCCUGCGAAACGGCAGCUAACAGAGCCUAGAUCCCCAGUGCUCCUCACACGCACAAGAGCAAAGCCAGCUCCUCCACUAAAGGAAGACCGCGUUUUGCAGGAUAUCUCCCACAGAGGCGGAUACAAGGCAAACAAAAUCGACAGGAGGAUUUUCGAGAGCUCCGGCGACUUGGGUGUGCCCAAAAUUACAAAGCCGGCACUGACAGUUCCCAAAUCACCCUCCUUCACCAAGCGCACCCACCCUGCUCGUCCAACCUCAACUGCCACGACUUUCAAAUCCCCUCCACGCCAUGCAUUGCCGCAACACCAGCACUAUAGGAAGUUCCGCCCAGUCAUUGCCCAGCAGGGGUUGGUUUCAUCCGCAGAAUCCGCAAGGAGACUUAGUCAGGAGAAGCUGAAGCGUUCGAUCAAACCGGCUGCUACGACCGUUCCUCAACCAGACCCUUCGCGCUCACGUGGCGCGAAGCCUGAGCUCACAAUCCCCAAGCCCUUCAAACUCGAAACGGAUGCGAGGGGCGAGCGAUAUCAGGAACAGUUCCGGUUUAAACUCGACAAGUGGAAGCAAAUUGAGAAGGACCACCAAUUCAAGGCUCUCCCGUUGCCUGUUUAUCCAGAAAAGUUUGUGCCAGCGAGGUCAACAAAACCCCUGACGCAUACAGAACCUCCUCGCCUCCGGACGGAUGACAGGGCGCAUGUACGGGAGGUCUUGGAGCAGGAGAAACAGCGCAAGGGAAAGAUCAUGCAGGAGAUGAGGGCCGAGAAGGCGCGCGAGGAUGAGCUGCGCGAGCAACAGGAGCUGAGAGAGCUGCGCCUACGACUGGUUCCACACCCAACGCCGAUCCGCGACUAUCCUCGUAUCGACAUCCACAAAUCAAGUCGGCCACUCACCGUACCCAGGUCCCCUAGUAUCGGAGAGAAGCGGAAACGGCAAAUGACACUGGAGAGAGAAGUACCGGAUGCACAGGCAGAGGAGGGCAUUCAUCGCCAGGUUUCGUCCAUCGUCGACGGCAAGAGAAGGCGGGAAAUGACUCUGGAGCGGGAGGUUCCGAGAACAUCGGAGGAGCGCCACUACCACUAA